AUGAAGAAGUCUCCACUCCUAUCGUUCUCCACAACAAUAACAACAAUCCUAACAGUAAUAUGGCCAACCUUCCAGCUUGGUUCCGUUUCUGCCGCUCUCUACGAGACGAUGCAGCGGGAACAAGAAGCCGAACGAGCCGCCAAGAAAUACAUGCUUCGACGAGAAUUGGAUGAACUCCGAACAUUUGGGGAUGUGGAGGAAUUCGAUGAACUGAUUGUACCCUCGAAUACAAUCCGCGGUGGUGAUGAAGCCACAGCAGGGUAUUUCCCGUGGUUCGUCGAACUCUUUGCAUUUCCCGACAAUGGCGAUGCCGCCAAUGCACGCCGGUGUGGUGGUGCCAUGAUUUCAGGAGACUUGGUAGUCACGGCCGCCAACUGUCUCUACGAUCUCAAUGGAAACUUUGCCGAUCGAUUACAGAGUUUUGCCAUUAUCAAACGAGAAAACAAUGUCCGAGUUGGAGAGGGAAUCUACCGAACCUGGGAGGUCAUACGGCCCAAUCCCGAUCACAGGUAUCCCAGUCUCAUCAAUAAUGUUGCCAUUAUUAAGAUCAGUGGCGUCAAGCUGUUCCCUGAAUACGAUAUUGGAGCGAUCAACUCGGAUACAUCCAUUCCCUCUGCCGGGACGACAGUGACCGGGAUGGGAUACGGUGCCAGUCCGCUCUUGAGUGCGGGCAAAAACAUUGUCACGGAGAAACUCAUGUUUGCCAACUUUACCGUGGUCCGACGAGGCACCAACUGUAAUAUCCCCGACAAUACCGGCUAUUUCUGUCUCAAUACGACCGAUUUUGCGCUCGACGAGGAAGACGUUGCCUUUUGCGCCGGCGACGAAGGAGCUCCGAUUGUGUUUGGAGACAAUAAGCUCGGGUACCAGGCAUUUUACGGAAUCUACAUGGGACAACCGGGAUUGUGUGGUGCUGGGAUCGAGAAUGCCAUUGUCCUGCGUGUGGCCGCAUAUUCCAACUUUAUCCUUCAAGUGGCUUGUGAAAUUGCCGAGGCUCGGUGUUUGGCGGCUUGUCCGCUCUUGGCAACGGCUACGGGAUUUGCCGCGGAGUCGAUUCAAUCACUGGCAAGGUUCGUUGGAACCAUGUACAAUACGGUGACGAGAAGAGGAGGAACAGUAGAUGAAGCAGAGGCUGAAGCAGAGGAAGAGGUCCCAGAAGAGGAAACGGACGAUUUACCGUAA